AUGCGGAUUUCUGCUGCGGAAUGCGAUGGCCUGGUGACGCCACCGGCCUGUCGAACCGGUCGUCGACCUCCUCUAACGACCCCAAGAACCAGUACAAGAACCAGAACAAUAACCACUACACGUCGCACCAACACCUUCGCACCCACCUUCGCGGUCCAAAUACGAGGUGGAGUUCUUGCUGCAACAACAGUGGUACGAUCCGCGAUUACGCUACAGCAAUCGGUCGCAGUACGAGUUCUUGAACGCGAUUCAUCAUUACGAUGAUAUCUGGUUGCCGGACACGUACUUCAUAAUGCACGGAGACUUCAAGGACCCGCUCAUACCAGUCCAUUUUGCCCUUCGGAUAUAUCGCAACGGCACGGUCAACUACCUUAUGCGUAUCGUACGAGCAAACGGCGAUCACGUACGUGUGGAAGAACGACGAGGGUACGUUGCGGAAGAGUCCUAGUCUAACGUCGCUGAACGCAUACCUCAUUAAGAACCAGACAAUCACGUGUCCGAUCAAAGUAAGCUGGAGAGGUGAGUUGUCGAGUUGA